AUGGCAUUCAAGUUUGUUUUCACGCUCGCUUUCGUCGCUGCCGCCAGCGCGGGUUACGCACCCAUUCAACCAGUCUACCAUGCCGCACCUGCCACUGUUGCCGUACACGCAGCACCUGUAGCCGUUGCCCAGAAGGUCGUCGUCAAAUCGGAGGAAUAUGAUCCUCAUCCUCAAUACAAAUUUUCUUAUGGAGUUGAUGACAAAUUGACGGGUGAUUCCAAGAGCCAAGUGGAGGAGCGUGAUGGUGAUGUUGUACAUGGUGAAUACUCGCUCAUCGACGCCGAUGGAUACAAACGCACCGUUCAAUAUACUUCAGAUCCCGUGAAUGGUUUCAAUGCUGUUGUCAACCGUGAACCUUUGGUAAAAGCUGUUGCUGUAGCUCCUGUGGUAAAGACUGUUGCCCCAGUUGCUCAUUACGCAACUCCUUUGGCUCAUUAUGCUGCUCCAGUUGCUCACUACUCUGCCGCCCCAGCAGUGGUUAAGACAGUUGCCCCAGUUGCUCAGUACGCGGCACCAGUCAGUCACUAUGANGCUUUGGUAAAAGCUGUUGCUGUAGCUCCUGUGGUAAAGACAGUUGCUCCAGUUGCUCAUUACGCAGCUCCUGUGGCUCAUUAUGCUGCUCCAGUUGCUCACUACUCUGCCGCCCCAGCAGUGGUUAAGACAGUUGCCCCAGUUGCUCAGUACGCGGCACCAGUCAGUCACUAUGAGGCUCCUGCCGCCCAUUACACAUCCUACGCCGCUCCGUCCAUCGUCAAGUAUCAUCAUUAA